AUGGAGAAAUUCGAUAUCGUUCUCCUCGGUGCAACCGGAUACACGGGUCGUCUAUGCGCAGCAUACAUGGCUCAGGUACUCCCAGAGACUACAUCUUGGGCCAUAGCAGGACGCAGUAGAGUCAAGCUCGCGCAGCUAUACGAAGAUCUUGAACUCCAACGGAAAACAUGCACAAUAUACACUCUUGACCUCACCUCCGAAACAUCCAUAACUGAACUUGUGAAAAAGACACGAGUGGUCAUAAACACUAUCGGUCCUUAUGCUACGACUUGUGGGUCAUCUGUGAUUAAAGCAUGUGCCAGUAAUGGUAUAGAUUAUGUGGAUUGCAGCGGAGAACCCGCCUGGAUGCAGGGCUGGGCCGCUGUCCCAGCAGAUCUAUCAGUCUAUCUCUCCAUUCUCAAACUCCGUAACCAAUUUUCUCUUCCAACACGUGAAGUCCUCGUAUGUCUUGACGACGUCCGCGGUUCUUUUAGUGGUGGCAGUCUCAGCUCGCUAUGCAGUCUUGAGCCCACUACACUGGCCCCAUUCGACAUAUCACCCGUACCAAGAACGGAUGCAGAAAUUACCAAAAGCGGUGUUUUACCCGCUCCGAAUGUUUUUGGUGUGCAAGUAGUCGAUGGCUUAGGUGCUUUGGUACAGAGCUCUCAUUCACAGAUCGAGACAGCUAUUGUGGGACGCAGCUGGGGCAUAUACGCAGAAGAGGGGCCGGGUUCUCUUGGGCCGGAGAGUUAUGGGACAAACUUCUUUUUCUCAUCUCGUAUGAAGUGUUCCAAUCCGUCAUCUGCAUGGGCAUUUCGAUCGACUUACACCAUUUUGGAAAGCGCUAUCACCAAAAUACCACCUCUGCGUUACCUCGUUACACGAAUGUUUCCGCCAGGAACAGGUCCAUCUGAGGAAGUGCGCAAGGGGCAUUAUUUCAAAUAUCGUGUCGUGGCUGUACCGGACGAGAAAGAAGGCAAGCCUGCACCAAGAGUCGAGGUCAAGUUCGAAUAUGAUGGUGAUCCGUAUGUCUUUACAAGCGUGGCUCUCAUUCAAGCGGCUUUGGUUUUACUUCAAGGAGAUACGACAGCCCACACACGAGGAGGUAUCUUGACACCUGCUUCGUUGGGCGAGAGUUUCGCAGAAAGGCUAAAGCAGCCAGAAGCAGGGGUCAAGAUAGAGGUUAAAGUGGUAGGCGAUGAAGUCUAUUAA